CCCAUUACCUGUUUCUACUUCCCACCUUGACGCUCAGGUGCACUGUCGAACUGUCCACAAACUUACUUCCCGAAGGACGACCACAACAAAGUUUGUCGUCUCGAGAUGCAUUAAUAAGACAUGGUGAAUGAAAGGGGAAGAGUGCAGCGAUCGUUUACGAAUUGCUACGUGGAGGAACUGUAAUUACCCCGGAGUCCAUAAGCCAUGUCCGUAGGUAGUGCAGGCAGCGCGAGAGAAAGCCCAAGGCCUGGCAGCUGCAAUCGAGGACCGAGCCAAAGCAGUCACCGGGGGUCUUCGUCCUACAAGGAGCGCUGCGUGGACCCCUCCGAGCCAGAGCCGGAAUCCCCUCCGAAAGACUCCAACGGGAAGGAGAGUGACACCUUCCUGCCUUCGUCAGCUGAACUCCCGCCUGCCACGCAAACCUGCAAUCCCUGCGCUUCUCCGAGGGCCUGCAGGACUUUAAUGUGCAGCGUCCUGACGUGCGGCCUGUACAAAGUGUGCCUGCGAGCCCCGUGUCUGGCGCCCAUCGAGAGCGUCCCGGACGAGCCGGAAAAAGUGAGCCUCCGCCCAGAGAAUCCGGCAGACCGCCAAGAGGAGGAGGAAGAUGAUGCCGACUGGCUGGGGGACGUCCGCAUCGCCGGAGUCAAAGUGGACAGCCCGAGGCAUUAUAUCGAUGACGACUCUAUGACCUACGUGCCUCAAAUGCAGCCCUGCCACCCGUCUUUGGACGAGGUCAUACGGCUGGAUGACGGGGAGGACGGCGAGGAGAACGUGGACUCGCUGAUCACCAAGAAGCUGCUAGAGCUCUACACAGAGUACCAGAUCGAGGAGUUGGCCCGCUGCACCACCGACUCGGUGUUCCUGCGCAAGAGCAAGGCCAUCAACCAGCUCAUCAACUCGCUGGCCGAGGAGCACCAGAUGGAUGAGCAGGAGGCCGAGUGUCGUCUGGUGCGCGGCAUCAUUCGCAUCAGCACGCGCCGGAGCAAGAAGAAGAAACGUCCGGUGGCCUCGCGCCGGGAGAGGACGCUGUCGGACAGCGGCAACGAGACCAUGAGGGAGAGCGCCUCUUUUGCGUUCAGCAACAACAACGACUACAAAUCCAAUCCCAACAUCCAAAUAUCAGAAUUGACCUCCUCUGACAAGUGUGCCCGCGACAUUUGGAGGAACACUGAAGGUCGCACGUCCAGCUCGACGUCAACAAGCUACACGCCCUCCCACACCGAGACCAACUCCUCGGGCGUCCCGCUUAUUCGCACAUCGGUUAGAACAUGAAUCUGUCCACAAAUUACAGGGGGUCCUCGAUUCACGAGCGAGUUCCACUGAUGCGGUGACAUCCGAAUUUGCCCGUAAGUCGCCGUAGUCCAAGUCAUUACAUUCAGUAUUUGAGGAAAAACAGUUUGGAGGUCGUGAAAUAUCAAACAAUCAGAUGUGGUCACUGACCAUUAUUCUCACGCCGCCACACAAACAAGCUCAUGGUGCGCCAUUUGCGACCUUUCAACUCUGCACCGUCGUGAACCGAGGACCGCCCAUACACGUUCCCCCGCGACUCAUUCAAGGAGCCAGAAUUGGGUGCAGACGACAUGUCAACUCAGGGCUCCCCGCUUUUAGAUUUAAUCGCCUGAUUUAUUCUUGUAAUUGGAACGCCACAUUGCCAGCAGCUCACCGUAUUUUUUUCCAACAUCCAUUCUGCCCUCCAUCUAUUUUACGUCUCGUCUUGUGGCUGCUACAUUCACGUGGCGAAUGUAUCGCGAUGAAGGGAGUUGCCCGCUGCAUGCUAAUCAUCCUCACAAGUUUAAAUGAAGCAAGCUUUUCCAGGUGGAUUUGUGGCCCCGUGAAUUAACAACGCUGUUCUAAACAUGCAAACGUAACUCGUCACGGUUCGUUUCUCACGAGAAUGGCUUGUGAAAAGUUAGGGGAAGUCAUCCACCUGCGUCUGUGCGCGCUCUUAUCUGGUGCUUACUUUGGACUUGUGUGCCUCGGGUUUUGCUUUCAAUCAAUGAUAUAUAUAUAUAUAUAUAUAUAUA